AUUGCAAGACAUUCAUGGGUAGCUGCUUCAUUUCUACUCUACGGUCCAUGGAAGGCACCAGUAAUGUACACUGCAAGAUCAUUUUAUGAUCACAACCAGAUAAGAAAAGACUGGCUCUACUGACUGGUGAGGCUGUCUAAUCCAAUGACUAGUGUUCAAUGAUACGAUAUAUAGAAAGUCCAAACGGAGUUAAAAAAGAAUACAUGCAUAUGAUGAAAAUAUGUACUACAUGGUCAUCACUCAUCAGCAAAGACUGGGAGUAUCUCGUGAAUGAACCAAUGCCAGAACGCACCACACUAUCAGUUCCUGCUGACAUGAUCGGGAAUAGUGCUGCUGCGAGCACAGUAGCACGAGCUCGCUGAAAAAUACUAGCAUGGCCUUUUGUUUUGAGCGAUGAUCACAAGAUUGAUGAGAGCCCCAACAUUUUUGAGGCGCAGACCCACCUGCAGCUGCCUCUCUGAAAAGCUCAGCAUGGCACAUGGUGGGUGAGCUCCUCGAUGACAGCAGAACAGGAGAUAUUAUUUCAUUUGCCAAACAACAUCCACCCAUUAAAUAUUGUCGCCAUACGCCAGAGCACAGAAUCUGUCAUACUUAAUCACCAUCACCUCUUUCCCUCUCUCGCCUCCCUCUGUCUCGGUCUCUCUGUCUGUUCCUCUAUCUCACUCUCCCCUGCCUCUCCAUCUCUCUUGAGGCAGACACUCAAACGCACACACAGAGGGGCUACUAAGCUGCUAUCGGUUUUGACUGGAUUUGAGCUCCCUUGACCAAAAGAUACCAGCUGCAGGAACUUUCUAUGGAGGUAGAAGCUAUGGCGGACUCUACUGUCAAGGUUCAAAAUGGCGAAACAGCCAGAACACACUUGCAUAUGCUGAUGUAGAAUUGCAAUCACUGGUUUGUGGUUGGGCGCUGGCAUCUUCGAUAGUGACACGGCGAUAGACUGCCUUGGAGGCGAAAGAGCUAGUUGAGGAAUUGAGUGAUAGAGACCUGGGAACUCCAACAAGGAUUUAAGCAAUGUAUGGGCUCCGCCGAGGGCAACUCCCUUAGCUCUCGCACACUCUAGCCAUUUGACGUAGUAUGGAAGUGCAGGCGGUGUCACCAGCAAAGAAUGGAGCGGGAGCAGCAGGAUAGCCAUAAUCAAUCCUGUUUCUUGGUGACAACUUGCUAGGCAACAUACAUGGAUGGGCAGUCAGGGAAAACCAUGCAGAGUCUACCGGACACAUUGUCAUCCCUUAAGGGGUUCAACAAGUACCUCACACCCGGUUGGAUUGAAUCAGUGUCCCACAUCCUCAAGGAGUUGACACCAAUCAAACCACAGAAAGUAAUGGAAGAGGAAGCUCAUAAUGUAUUUGAGUGUGAUCACUGUGAUGACACAGAAUUAGACAUUAAAGUUGCAAAGAUUCAAGAUGAAAUGGUUUCACUGGGUGCCCAACUAAAGCAGAAAACACUGCAGAAGAGAGAGUCACUAAAUAACUAUUUGGAUUUGAAAGGAAGUAUAAGGGUGUUCUGUCGUAUGAGGCCUUUCAACCAUGAAGAAAGUUACAGUUCCAGAACCAUGUUCACCCUUGAUGAGAGUAAUGUUUUCUUAAAAGUUGCUGAUACCAAGAUAAGGCAAUACAAGUUCGAUAAGGUUUUCGACCCACGCUCAACACAAGGUGAUGUAUUUUCUGAAGUCGAACCAGUGAUAAAAUCAGCUAUAGAUGGCUACAAUGUUUGCAUAUUUGCCUAUGGUCAGACAGGCAGUGGAAAAACUUAUACAAUGGAAGGAAAGCCCUCCGACUUGGGUGUCAUACCACGUGGGAUUCAAGUACUGUUCGAUCGAGCUUCAGAGAGCAACAACAGAUUUCAGUUCACUUUCAGCAUGCUCGAGAUAUAUAUGGGAAACCUACGAGAUCUACUAGUUCCAGGAAGCAAGAACAAUGGGCUAAAGAAUGUUCCGAGCCUCUCUAUUAAAACGGAUCCUGAUGGUGGCAUUGAGAUUGAAAAUCUAGUGGCAGUUACCGUGAAUAAUUUUCAAGAAGUGAAAAGAUUAUAUGGUGUGGGGACCCGUCUUAGAUCAACAGCUUCCACUAUGGCUAACUCUACAUCAAGUAGAUCUCACUGUUUGAUUCGCAUUUCAUUGACCUCCUUUGAUGCACCUGAGAGAAAAAAAGCAAGAAACAAAAUAUGGAUGAUUGAUCUAGGUGGAAGUGAAAGACUUGUAAAGACUAAAGCAACUGGUAAAAGGCUGAAGGAAGGCAAAGCCAUAAAUUUGUCAUUGUCAGCCCUAGGGGAUGUGAUUGAUGCAUUACAGACUAAAAAACCUCAUGUACCUUACAGGAAUAGUAAGCUUACGCAAGUUUUGAGAGAUUCUCUAGGAUGCGAGUCCAAAACAUUGAUGCUUGUCCAUAUUAGACCAAAUGAGAAUGAUUUGUGCGAGACCAUUUGUACCUUGGGUUUUGCAACAAGAGUGAGAAGUAUCCGUCUAGAAAGUGAAGAAUCGCCAGAGGUAAAAACAAGGAAGGAACAUCUCUUAAAGGAGUUAGAACAGACUGUCAGUAAUUUGGAACAAGAAUGUGAAAAUAUUAGAAGAGAAAUUAAGAAGCUUGAGGAUACAGUGGAACAUUUGAGAGGGCCUCAGACAUCUGCUAGCACAAAUUUCGUAACUUCACAUCCAUCCACUCAGGAGAUGAAGAUUGACAUGUCAAACAAUGUAAGGAAUCUGAAGAAUCACAGAGAAGUUCCACGUGGGUUACCAAGGUUCAUGAAGCCAACUGCUGCUAGCCAGCACAGGAUAGGCUUAAAUAACAGUGUUCCUAGCAUUAACAGGAUGAAACCACCAGUGCCACCAAAGAGAAGGCCUUCUUCCGUCUAUGCAGAAUCUGUAAGGUUUCCAGUAAAUGCCGAUACUUGGCAGUCAGAAUGCAGUUCUGAUUGCAGUAUCUCCAUGACAAGUGACAUCAAUUGGACACCAAGCAUACAAGAUGGGACUGAAUGUAGCCAAGAUGCAUCAGAGUACGAGAUCAAACAGGUGAUUUUCUCAGAACAUGACAAACCAUCACAGGGUCAAGUCAUUUCCUUCAAAGAAUGGCAACUUACAGAAUCAGAGAAUAUACAGAACAAAACUGAAGAAAGGAGCAUUAUAGACAUUGAUAAUUGGAUCCACCAACAAAUACUUCAAAGUGCUGGCACAUGCCAAAGUAAAAGGGUUCCAACUGUUCCCAAUGUAACUGAACAAGAAACUUUCAAUAUUCCUUCACCAAUUAAGAUUGAAAGGACUAAAGGUUGUCAGCAAGCACUGGACGAAGAAAGUGAACCAACCCUACAACCCCCACCACUUGAUGCAAAGGAUAUUAAGCGAUCCAAGGCAGUUAAUCAUUUUGCCACGGCAGAAUUAUGCAGUCCUCCAUCAAGCGAACAUUGCAGCACCAACGAGACGAAGAAACAUAUGAAUGAAAAUCUUGCAUAUCAGGGGAGAUCCAGAAGAUCUCUUCAAGAAAAGCUGGAUGGUUGCAUGCUAAAGCUGCCAGAAUCUGAUGUAAGAACAAGUCCUGAAAUCAGGUCCCACGAAGAGGAACACGGCAUAGGAAAGCUGACAAAGUUCUUUCAAGCUCUCCAAACAGCAUGGGGCUGUGUUCGUCUAGGAUUAGGCAUUGUCAGCCUUGGAUUAGAGCACGAGUUCUUUCAAAGCUUGAUACUUUGAAGUAACCAUAGUCUCGUUAUUUGUAAGAGGUAGUAGUCACUUUUGGGAGUACACUACUUCAGAAAAUGUACUGUCGGUUUGUCAUAGCGGCAGUUGAAUUGCUGAUCUGAUGCUGCAUUGCUGCAACAGUUGGUUUGAUGCCAGAUGGAUUCUUCUAGGUAUAUAAUGGAAGUUGUAAACAAGUGUAAGAGUGAUCAAACUAUGAAUGAGAAAUUUGACAUAUCCUGAAA